AUGGCCGCUUCUGCUCCCUUCUUCCUCUUCCUCUUCCUCUCAGCCACCGCUAGCGCCGCCGCCACCUCUUCUUCCUCCCCCCAGACCGCCGCGAUUCACCUCCCGCUCCGCCACAUCAACGCCGUUUCCUCCGACGGUGGCGGCCUCUCCGGGGCCCAGAGAUUGGCAGGGCUCGUCUCGGCCUCCCUCUUCCGCGCGCGCCACAUGAAGGAUCCCGAGAAGAUCGUCGGCACAGAUGCCGGAGCGCCAUCGGCGGUUCCUGUGUCGAGGAAUCCGCUCUUCUCUCACUCCUACGGCGGCUACACGAUCUCUCUCGGCUUCGGCACGCCGCCGCAGAGAAUCCCCCUCGUGGUGGACACCGGCAGCGACCUCGUGUGGGUCCCCUGCACCCGCUCCUACGUCUGCAACAACUGCUCCUUUCCGAGGCCUGGCGUCGGCGUAGCCCCCCCUCCGCUAGUCUUCUCCCCCAAAUCCUCCUCCUCCGCCAAGCUCGUUGGCUGCCGGAACCCCAAGUGCAGCUGGAUCCAUUCGCCGGACCUUAUCACGCGCUGUCGAGACUGCCCGGUGAAUGGCAGCGCCUCCGCCUGCUCCCCGGUCUGCCCGCCCUACAUGGUUGUCUACGGUUCCGGGUCCACCGGAGGCCUGCUGCUCUCCGAGAAGCUCGAGCUCUCCCCGGCGGCGGCGGGACCCAUCGCCGACUUCGCCGUCGGUUGCUCCCUCUUCUCCGCCCGCCAGCCCCCCGCCGGCGUAGUCGGCUUUGGGAGGGGCCCCGCAUCGCUGCCCUCUCAGCUGGGCCUACCCCGCUUUUCCUACUGCCUCGUCUCCCGCCGCUUCGACGACGCCUCCGGCGAGAGCGGCUCCAUUAUCCUGGGUGGCGCCUCCUUCUCCUCCUCCUCUUCCUCCGGCGGCAUCUCCUUCACUCCCUUCCUCAAGAACCCCUCCGCGGGCUCCCCAUUCUCCAUUUACUACUACCUGGCUCUGCACAGGAUCACGGUGGACGGCCGGAAGGUGAAGAUACCCCGCGCGGCGCUGGCUCCCCGCGCCGGCGGCGACGGCGGCACGGUCAUAGACUCUGGCACCACCUUCACCUACAUGGAACCCGACGUCUUCGCUCCGCUGGAGCGCGCCGUGGAGGCCCGGGUGGCGGGCCGAUACAACCGCUCCGCCGCCGCCGAAACGACGACGGGACUCCGGCCGUGUUUCUCGCCGGCGUCACCGUCGGAGAAGCUGCAGCUCCCGCAGCUGUCCUUCCACUUCAAGGGUGGCGCGGAGAUGAGGCUCCCGCUGGCGAACUACUUCGCCUUCGCCGGCGGCUCCGGGGCGGUCUGCCUGACGAUCAUCACCGACGCCGGCGGCGCCGGCGGCGCCGCCGACGGAGGGCCGUCGGUGAUCCUGGGGAGCUUCCAGCAGCAGAACUACCACGUGGUAUACGAUCUGGAGAGGGAGAGGCUGGGCUUCCGCCGGCAGUCUUGCCUCGAGAAGCAGAGCUGA